AUGGUUAUGAUUUUUGUUGGAAAGCCUAAAGUUUGUUAUUUUCACUAUAUUGCAGAUAAAGUAAGGACUAAGCUUGCAGCUUGGAAGGCAAAACUCUUAUCUAUGGCAAGUAGAGUCCAAUUGGUGAAAUCAACCAUUCUUAGCAUGUUAAUUCAUUGUCUUUCCAUUUAUAAAUUGCCUGGUAGCAUUGUCAAGAAGAUAGAAACAUGGAUGAGGAACUUCAUAGGGAGUGACAACAUUGAUAAGAAAAAAAUAGUUAAUGUGGAUUGGAAGAGCUGGUCUAAUCUUCUGAAAGCUAGAGUUAAGAGGAAUGGUAGAAUUAUUAAAUACUCUAUUAAAUCCUCUAUUUGGCAUGAGAUUCAAGAAGCUCAUGGUACUGUGAUGGAAAAUUGCAUGUGGAGUAUAGGAAAUGGCACAAGGGUGAAUUUCUGGCUAGACAAUUGGUUAGGGCAAUCUUUAGCCAGUAAAUUUCAUAUUCCUGAGAAGUUUCAUUUUGCUCUAACUUCAGAAGUUAGUGAUUGGUGGAUCAACAAUUCAUGGUCUAUUAGGAACAACAUCCAGCUAGCCUUUCCAAAUCAGUUACAUUCUAUUUUUGCAGUGACCAUUCCUGAUGUUGAGAUUGAGGAUCUUUUCAUUUGGAAAAAUGCUAAGGAUGGACAACUUACUCUUAAGGAAGCCUACAACACCAUCAUUAAGCCCAACCCCUCUACAACCUGGAAAUCCUUUCCUUAG